UUUAGUUGCGGACCGGCCUCUCUCCUCUUCUUUCUUGAUUUUACUUUAUGCGAUCUCUCCUCCUCAUUUGCCGUUCUGCUCCCGUCCCACCCCCCUUCCCCCCUCCCUCUCUCUCUUUCUAUAUUUUCUCCCUCCCUCUCCUUUCUCGCUCUUCUACCUUAUCAUCUGUUCAAAAGCAAAUCAAUAGAGCAUCAAACUGCAGCGCAACCAUAAACGAAGAGGAGAGAGAGAGGGUCGGAUUAGAGUCUAGAGAUUUCCAUUUCCCCCCCUUCUACCACCCCUGAUCUACCUGAAAUCUCCGGCGGUUUGUCGCCGGUUUGUAGGAAAUCACGAUCCAGAUCUCUUUCUCAUCGCUGAAUUUGGGACUAGGGUAUGAAAAUUAGUUGUGGAGAUUCAGAAGGAUUGUCAACAACUUAACAGAAGCACGAUCUGCGUAAAUAUUUGAGACAUAUCCUAGAUUUAGGGUUUGAAUAUGGAGGCCAUGGAGGAGCUUACGCAGCUUUCAGAUUCGAUGUUGCAGGCUGCUGCCCUGCUUGCAGACGAGGAUGUUGAUGAACCCUCGAGGCGAACCUCCACCUUCCUCAAUGUUGUGGCUCUUGGCAAUGUUGGAGCGGGCAAGUCGGCUGUAUUAAAUAGCUUAAUUGGGCAUCCUGUACUGCCCACGGGAGAAAAUGGUGCCACAAGGGCUCCUAUCUGCAUUGACUUACAAAGAGAUAGUUCUCUGAGCAGCAAAGUGCUUGUUUUGCAACUUAAUGAUAAAUCACAGCAGGUUUCUGCAAGUGCCCUCCGCCACUCUCUUCAGGAUAGACUGAGUAAAGGUGCUGCCGUUCACGGCUCAGGAAAGACUCGUGCAGAUGAAAUAGCGUUGAAGCUGCGGACAAGUACAGCUCCUCCGCUGAAGUUGAUUGAUUUGCCUGGAUUGGACCAGCGCGUUAUGGAUGAUUCAAUGAUCAGUGAUUAUGUGGACCGUAAUGAUGCUAUCUUGCUUGUUAUAGUGCCUGCUGCCCAGACUCCAGAGAUAUCUUCCUUGCGGGCACUUAAACUGGCCUUGGAGUUUGAUCCAGAUGGGACAAGAACCAUUGGUAUUAUUAGCAAAAUAGAUCAAGCAGCUACAGACCAGAAAACUCUUGCUGCGGUUCAGGCUCUUCUUGUGAAUCAGGGACCACGGAAUACAAAUGAUAUUCCCUGGGCUGCUUUGAUUGGGCAAUCUGUAUCCAUUGCAUCAGCACAAUCGGGAUCUGUGGGUUCUGAAAGUUCUUUAGAAACUGCUUGGCGAGCGGAGAGCGAGAGCCUAAAAUCCAUACUACCUGGAGCUCCACAGAACAAGCUUGGUAGAGUGGCUCUGGUGGAGACACUUGCCCGUCAGAUUCGCAAAAGGAUGAAAGUAAGGCUCCCAAGCCUUCUGUCAGGGCUGCAAGGGAGGUCACAAUUGGUUGAGGAUGAGUUGGUGAGGCUUGGUGAACAAAUGGUCCAUAGCGCAGAAGGAACGAGGGCUAUUGCUUUGGAGCUCUGUCGUGAGUUCGAAGAUAAAUUUCUACAGCAUAUUUCCUCAGGCGAGGGUGGAGGAUGGAAGGUGGUGGCGAGUUUCGAAGGGAACUUUCCUAACAGGAUUAAGCAACUUCCUUUAGACAGACACUUCGAUAUCAGCAAUGUCAAAAGGAUUGUAUUGGAAGCAGAUGGUUAUCAACCAUACUUGAUUUCUCCUGAGAAGGGAUUGAGAUCGUUAAUAAAAGUGGUCCUUGAAUUGGCAAAAGAACCUUCAAGACUUUGUGUGGAUGAGGUGCAUCGUGUUUUGAUAGAUAUUGUUUCUUCUGCUGCAUCGGCAACACCAGGUCUUGGUAGAUAUCCUCCCUUUAAGCGAGAGGUUGUUGCCAUUGCAUCUGCCGCCUUAGAUGGUUUUCGAAAUGAGGCAAAGAAGAUGGUUGUUGCUCUAGUUGAUAUGGAGCGUGCUUUUGUUCCACCUCAACAUUUCAUCCGUCUGGUACAAAGGAGAAUGGAUAGGCAGCGACGAGAGGAAGAGCUGAAAAAUCGAUCAUCCAAGAAGGGGAUUGAGGCAGAACAAGUCGUUCUAAACAGGGCAACAAGCCCUCAAACUGGGGCCCAGCAGAUAGGUGGAAGCUUGAAAUCCAUGAAGGAUAAAUCAAAUCAUGCAGAUAAAGAUGCAAAAGAGGGAUCAGCUUUGCAAACUGCUGGUUCUGAUGGGGAGAUAACAGCAGGAUAUCUGUUGAAGAAAAGUGCAAAAACUAAUGGUUGGAGUAGGCGAUGGUUUGUUCUGAAUGGAAAAACGGGCAAGCUCAGCUACACCAAGAAACAAGAGGAAAGACAUUUUCGUGGGGUCAUCAAUUUGGAGGAAUGUAAUAUAGAAGAAGUUGAUGAUGCUGAAGAUCCUCCAUCAAAGUCUUCAAAGGACUCUAAAAAAGCAAAUGGGCCUGAUUCUAAAGCUCCAAGUCUUGUGUUCAAGAUAACCAACAAAGUUGCAUACAAAACUGUUCUAAAAGCACAUAGCGCGGUUGUGUUGAAGGCAGAAAAUAUGGCGGACAAGAUUGAGUGGGUAAACAAGAUUAGGAGCAUUAUCCAACCUUCUAAGGGGGGCCCUAUCAAAGGGGGUUCUGAACCUGGUCUACCCAUACGACAGAGCCUCUCUGAAGGUUCUCUUGACACAAUGGCUAGAAGGCCUGCAGAUCCAGAAGAAGAGCUCAGGUGGAUGUCUCAGGAAGUACGUGGUUAUGUGGAGGCUGUGCUGAACAGUCUCGCGGCCAAUGUUCCCAAAGCCGUUGUUCUUUGCCAAGUUGAAAAAGCAAAGGAGGACAUGCUUAAUCAGCUAUACAGCUCCAUCAGUGCUCAGAGCACGGCUAGAAUUGAGGAAUUGCUUCAGGAGGAUCAGAAUGUGAAGCGCAAGAGGGAGCGCUUCCAGAGACAACAGUCUCUUCUUUCUAAAUUCACACGGCAGCUCAGCAUACAUGACAAUCGAGCUGGCGUGGCCACCAGCUGGUCCAAUGGGGGUGGUGGAGCAGUGAGCAGCCCAAGGACCGGUUUGUCGGGUAAUGAUGAGUGGAGAUCAGCAUUUGAUGCAGCUGCAAAUGGACCAGUGGACCACUCCAACUCCUUGGGGGAGUCGAGGUUUUCUGGCAAUGGCCACAGCCGACGUUACAGUGACCCUGCUCAGAAUGGUGAUUCCAGCUCCAACCCCAACUCAAGCAGCCGACGCACACCCAAUCGUUUGCCGCCUCCUCCCCCUCCAACUGGUAGAUACUAGAACAACAAAAAUUGGUCAAUUCUUAUCCCUCUAUUAUAUAUAUUCGUUCAUUUGGGUGCUUUGGUGCUGCGUGGGUUUUUCACUUGCCCCUGUUAUCGAUGUCUCUGGUGUGGAGUGCCAGUGUUUGGAAUUCCGAGGAGAGUAGGCUUGUGAUCUUAGGACUUUCCAGUGUUAUAUCUGUCUUUUUCUAUUAUGGAUUUCAAGGCUUGCUUGAAAUCCCAAUGGGGGCUGCGAGCGCUGGGCACUCAUUCCUUGUUUCUCGUAAUAUUUUGUAUUCUUCUUUUUUGGGACUUCUGUGGUGAGAAAUUUGUAGGAUGUAGAAUUUUUGUUCAUCUUCUUAUUCUUUUGGUGUGAGGAGCUUGAGAUAUCCUGAAACCCCUCCUGAGCAAACUCUCUCUCUCUCUCCUAUGUGCUUCUGCUUGUAAAGUUAAUUUCGUUUCACUCAUUUUAACUCUCCUUCUCUUGGGGCUGCUAGUAUUUUGAGCAAGUUUUCCAUUCCAGACAUGAGCGUUUGGGCAUUCUCUUGAAUUUCAUGUAAACGGUAUAUUUUGCCUAGUUGUCAAAUCUAAGCACAAACUUAUUAA